CUUUCGCCACGACCACCCCGCGACGGUUGCCCAUUCCAGAUUUUUCUCGCCAACAUGGUAAGCUUAUCGCUGCUUCUCGCCGGCGUGGCCGCGACCGCAGCGUCUCAGGACCCCGCCUUUGCUGUCGACGUUCCAGAGCAACAGCCGGCUGACUUCUCGGUACCGUCGACGGAGCGCGCGUUCUGGGCCGAAACAUUCCAAAACACGACCACGACCAAGCUGUUUGAAGGCACGACGUGGGUGAAGAGCGCUGGGAAGAAAUACCGCGAGCAAAAGAUCAGCGUGAAAAGAGGCAGCAAGUUGCUAGGCAAGUUCGCCGCAGACAAAGCGCUGGUGCUCGACAACAAGGCGCAGCACUACGGAUUUGCCGCCAAGCUGCCCGAGCCGUUCUACUUGGACGGGUCCAAAGGCAAGAAGAGUCUGGUGGUACAGUACGAAGUCAAGUACCCUGAAGUGGUCAAGUGCGCCGGCACAUACUUGAAGCUCCUUCGCGACUCGCCAACGUUGAACGUGACCGACUUGAACGACAAGACGCCGUUCACCAUCAUGUUUGGCCCAGACAAGUGUGACAAGAACAAUAAAGUGCAGUUUAUCUUCAACCACCGAAACCCCGUCACAAAUAUGUACGAAGAAAAGGCGCUCCAGAUCUCGCCCGAGGUCAAAAACGACAAGCUCAGUCACGUGUACACGCUGGCCAUCCACGACGACAACACGUUUGAAAUGUACGCAGAUUUGAACUUGAUCAAGAACGGCAGCCUAUACACGCUGUUCAAGCCGGCCGUGCUCUUGCCCAAGGAAAUCGACGACCCCACAGACCUCAAGCCCACGACGUGGGAAGAGACUGAGUUCAUUCCGGACCCCGCCGCUGUCAAACCGGCGGAGUGGGACGAGGACGCGCCGCGCACGAUUCCGAAUUUGAGCCUGCACCAGCCCCCCGACUGGGACGAAGCCGCCCGUGGUCCAUGGCGGCAACCAAUGAUGUCCAACCCAGAAUACCGCGGCAAGUGGUCACCCCCUAUGAUUGAAAACCCCGAUUAUGUGGGGGAGUGGGAGCCCCGAAAGAUUCCCAACCCAGACUACUUUGACGACCCUCACCCGGCCCGGAUGGACCCUAUCGGGGCGGUGGCGUUGGAAGUGUGGUCCAUGUCUGAAAACAUCCGGCUCGACAACUUUUGGCUCGGCCACAACUUGAACGACGCCAAGAAAUUCGCCCGCCUCACAUGGCAGCUCAAACACGAAGCAGAGAAAAAAGCGGUGCAGAUGGAACCCGAGCCCAAGAAACCGACGCCCCCCGAGUCCAAGAAGAAGGAGCCCAACGUGUUUGAUCGCAUCGACGAAGCCGUGGCGUGGGUCGUUAAGUACCCGCUGGUCGCCGGCCUCGGCGCGUUCUUCGUGUUCCUUGUGCUGCUCGGGUUCCGCGGCACCCCUCACCAUGCCAGGUCAGCGUUCCCCAUGUCCCCUGUGAUUCAAGAAGUGCUCGAUUUGGACAAGAACAAGGACACGUCACAAGUGCCCAGAGUGCCCGUGGAUGGGACCGAGCUGCGCCAUCGACCGGCGACUGCCACCACCACGACCCAACAAGCGUGAUCGAUACUGUAUAUGAUGUGUUUGUCGUCGUCACUUGCGUUGAUUACACUAUAAAUGUGUUAAGGAUUCGACGGGUUCUACCUUGAAACCGAUACAAGGUCUGGUGUGACGUUAGUGGCGUUGGAGUGGUUUCGGCACAUCUAUAUCUAGUUACUUUGAAUUCUUUGUUUUCAUAGCCAUUAGCGUAGCGUAGCUUACCCACUUGGUCCAAUCUACGCGA